UUGGAAUUAAUGUUAAAAAGAUCAGAUAUUUAACGAACACAAGAAUAAUUUUCCCGUUUGAAACUAAUUCCACUAAUGAAAAUAUAACUAUUGUUGGUAAAAAAGAGAAUGUCAAUAAAGCAAAAGAAAAAUUUGAAGUUAUGAUAACCGAUAUUGGUAAUGUCAUCGAAGAACAUGUAGAUAUCAAUGAAAAAUAUCAUGGCACUUUAGUGGUCAAUCAAAAAGAAUAUUUACACAAAUUGGAAAAAGAAUGUAGCAAUAUUAAAAUUGAAUUUCCUAAACUUGGUGCUGAAGAUAGAUUUGUGAUCAGUGAUAGCAAAACAGAUGUUGCUCUUGCUAAACAUGGACUUUUAGACCAUGCUAAAGUUUUGGAAAAUAUUUUUCGAUCUGUAGUAAAUGUUGAUUCAAAGUAUCAUAAGUACUUUGUUGCAAGACGUGAUGAAAUUAUUAAUCGAAUUAUUAAUGACUGCAAUGGAGUGUCUAUAACAUUUCCGAAAAUAGCUUUUAGUAAUAGUGCUGUCAUCAUAAAAAGUGAUAAAAUAAAUGUUGAAGAGGCGAAACGUAAGAUUGAAGAAAUUGUUAAAGACUUGUUAUUACAUAAAAAAUAA